GCAGAGAUGCAGGCAGCUGCCUGGAAUCAGCUUAAAACACAGAGAGGAGCUAUCGUGGGAUGCUAAGGCUAACGGAGCAGGAGAGAAACUGUGGCACUGUUUUGUUUCAUUUUUUUUCCUGGAGGACAUCACCUUUCUUUUCACAGAUUCAGCUUUAUUUUUUUGUUUAACUCCAUCCUGAUAUCUCAGACAUAAGCAUUGAGACUUCUUCACGUCAGUUUAUUUUGUUACUGCCUCUUUGACUCCUCUUCUCUAUUUGAAGAAAUCGUCUUUUGGAUCAGAUUUUGGGGAUUUACCUGCCUGGUUUACACCCUUCCCCCCCACCUUUCUUUGGGAGCCUGUCCCCUCCGUGAGGUCAGAGCCGUCUCCCCGGGUCCGUAACCACGCGGGCGUCCCCUCCCCCCAGCGAGGAUGACAGACGUGCUGGUGUCCGAGCGCGGCCUCACCUCCGCAUGUGCACCCCUGGAGCCCUGCAGUGAGGAGAAUGGGACGGACGAGAACGCCCCCGCCAAGAGAGCCUCCAACACAGGGGCCAAGCUGUGGGGCCGCGUGCGCAGCAAACUCCUGCGACAAAAGCUGGACCCACAAACCGUGCAGUCCAAGAACUGGCAGAUGGAUGUCAUAGAGAUGAAUGGGAUCAAAGUGGAAUUCUCAAUGAAGUUUACGGGGCGGGACCUGACUCUGAAAAGGACACCUUCAAAGAAACAAAGUGGAGUGUUUGGAGUCAAAAUCAGUGUUGUGACAAAGAGGGAGUGCUCAAAGGUGCCCCUGGUCAUCCGCCAGUGCAUCGAGGAGGUGGAGAGGAGGGGGAUCGAGGAGGUGGGAAUCUACAGGAUCUCCGGGGUGGCCACAGACAUCCAGACCCUGAAAGCAGCCUUUAACACAAAUACCACCAAAGACUUCCCGGUGAUCCUGAGUGACAUGGACAUCAACGCCAUUGCGGGUACCCUGAAGCUGUACUUCCGCGAACUCCCAGAGGCUCUGCUCACAGACCGGCUGUACCUGGCCUUCCUGGACGGGAUAGCACUGCCGGAUCCCGCUGCCAAGGAGAGCUGCAUGAUGCACCUCCUGUGUUCCCUGCCCGACCCCAACCUCAGCACCUUCUUGCUGCUGCUGGAGCACCUCCGGAGGGUUGCAGAGAAAGAGUCCAUCAACAAGAUGUCCCUGCUCAACCUGGCAACCAUUUUCGGCCCCACAUUGCUGAGGCCCUCGGAGGAGACCACCAAAGGACACAUCACCCUGGUCUCUGACAUCUGGUCACAUGACGUCAUGGCCCAGGUCCAGGUCCUCCUCUUCUACCUGCAGCAUCCUUCUGUCUCCUUCUCCGAGCUCAAACGCGACAGCCUCUACUUCUCCACCGACGUGUAGCCCCUCCCAGGGGACCACCCCCCAUGCGCGCUUCUCCAACGCACACGUUCCACACUGCAGGCUUCAGCAAGAGACAGAGAGGACGCCCGCCUGAAGAAACUGACAAACCGCCCUCCCUUCGCUUUCACUAGUUCUGGUCUGGGUGUGUGGGUAUUAACAGCGUUAGUCUAAAUCUGUCAUGUAAAAGCUAGCAAACCCCAUUCCCCCCAACCCCACCCUCCAGUCAUUUCCCACCCCUCAAAGUACAGUAGCAGUAGCACUUGCUUCCUGUCUCUACUGAGGAACCCAAAGGAGGACAUUAAAAGGAAUGGCUGAGGUCUAGCUGAGGUAUAGCUCCCUUAGGCUGCCAGAGACGGUCAAAUACUUGGCCUCUUCGUACAUUCUGUGUGAAAGUCAGGUUUAGACAGGUUCAGUUUUGAAUGGAGGGGUAGACGGUUCUUCCUGUCUUUGAGGCCCACCCACUUUCUUGUGAUGAGGCUGAUUUUUGUUUCCGUAACAACGCCAGUGACAGAGGAAAAGGGCCCUCCAGCAGGAAGAGUGCAGAUGUGCUGAGUAUCUCAUCAUGACAACAGUGCCCGACAAAACUGUACAUACACAAGAGUUUCUCACUGAAGGGGCAUUUAACAAAUUGCAGUUACAUAAUUCGUAAAUAGGGUUUAUUUUGUGGUUUAUGUUCUUCGUGCAUGUGAUUGAGGAUGAUUGUGUGCAUGUGUGAAGGGUAGCAUGGGACCAAUAUAAGAAUACAGCACCCUCUCCUCUGUGUAUUCAAGUCAAAUUUAUUGUGUAUUUAUUGUGCGGAGAGGUUUCUGUGAUCCUGAAUCAGGUGCUCCCAUACUUUAUGUAGAACCUGUAUAUCUGCUUUGUGUGAGUGUGUGUGUGUGUGUGUGUGUGUGUGUGUGUGUACUGUAUUUAUGAGUAUGCCUGUAUAUACCAGUUCAUGUAUAGGACUUUGAUAGUAAAGAAAACUGAUAGUAUGGGUCAAAUACUUCAAAUUAGAAUCGCUUUUUAAGGCAGAUUUUUUCCCACACAUUUACAUUUAUUCAUUUAGCAGAUGCUUUUAUCCAAAGCAAAGCACAAAAGUGCAUGAAGUGGGCACAAGGACAAGAUGUGUUAUACAAUCAUACAAUGUAUGCAGUCAUACAAUGCAGAUAGUGCUGAAGCUGAGCACAAGGUCGGUGUAGCGAGACAGAACUAAUCUG